UGUAACGCUUUGUUUCCGCAAAACGGCAUUUGAUUAAGAAGAUCUUCCCUAGCGGAAUCCUUUGAUUAAUUGAUUCCCUCAUAAAUCAUCAUAAUCAUAACAAUAAGAAUGUGUUUAACGAACUUCUCCAUGCUCCGUUGACCUCUUUCUUCGAUGAAUACAAAAAUGGGUGAAGAAGAUCUUCGGUUCUUCGAGUUGAAUACAGGGGCAAAGAUACCUUCAAUUGGCUUAGGAACUUGGCGUGUUGGAUCUGCUGACGUUGCUCAUACUUUAGCCACUGCUAUCAAGGUUGGGUAUCGACAUAUAGAUUGUGCUCAUAUUUAUGGAAAUGAAAAGGAGAUUGGAGAUGCCUUGAAGGAGUUGUUCGCCAAUGGGGUUGUUAAGCGUGAUGAAAUGUGGAUCACUUCAAAGUUGUGGUGCACUGAUCAGUCGCCAGAAGAUGUCCCAAAGGCAUUGGAUAGAACUUUGCGGAAUUUGCAACUAGACUAUCUGGAUCUCUACCUUAUUCACUGGCCAGUCAGCAUAAAAAACGGGGUGUGUACUAAACCUGACAUACCGAGCACCUGGAGAGCAAUGGAGGAACUCUACAAUUCCAGGAAGGCCCGAGCUAUUGGGGUAAGCAAUUUCAGUGUAAAGAAGCUUCAGGAUCUAUUGGAGGUUGCACAAGUUCCUCCGGCUGUUAACCAAGUGGAAUUGCAUCCUUCAUUGCAGCAACCAAAGUUGCAUGAGUUCUGUAACUCCAAGGGAGUGCACUUAUCUGGUUAUUCGCCGCUUGGUAAAGGACUAAGUAGGACUAAUAUUCUUAUGGAUCCAGUUCUUCACACUGUUGCAGAGAAGCUGGGGAAGACACCAGCACAAAUAGCUCUUAGGUGGGGUUUACAGAUGGGAAACAGUGUACUUCCCAAGAGCACAAGUGCUACCAGAAUCAAACAGAACUUUGAUUUGUUUGAUUGGUCUAUACCUGAGGAUUUGCUGGCCAAGUUCUCUGAAAUUAAGCAGGAGAGAGUGGUUGCCGGUGAAGAAUUUAUGAGCGAAAUACCUGAUGGGUACAAAACAAUUGAAGAACUCUGGGAUGGUGAGUAAUGGAACAGAUUCCCACAUUGAGCAUUUGGACAUUGAACUGUAACUGUUUACAUAAUUUGGGGUGGAAAUAUUAACUAGAUCAAACCUUUUGAAUGUUUCCAGUACCUGGCAUUCAUGGUGUAUGUUCUUCUGUAUGAUGGUUGUAAUAAAUAAUAAUUUGCCAUUAGACUACUG